CCGGCCCGGGCCGGGGCUGAGCCGCGCGGCGUCCUGUGCGUGCCCGCAGACUCGGGGGACCCGGACAAGGAGAGCCCGGGCUGCAAGCGGCGGCGCACCCGCACCAACUUCACGGGCUGGCAGCUGGAGGAGCUGGAGAAGGCGUUCAACGAGAGUCACUACCCCGACGUGUUCAUGCGCGAGGCGCUGGCGCUGCGCCUAGAUCUGGUCGAGUCCCGAGUUCAGGUGUGGUUCCAAAACCGCCGGGCCAAGUGGAGGAAGAAGGAGAACACGAAGAAGGGCCCGGGGCGGCCGGCGCACAAUUCACACCCCACUACGUGCAGUGGCGAGCCAAUGGACCCGGAGGAGAUAGCGCGCAAGGAACUGGAAAAGAUGGAGAAGAAGAAGCGCAAGCACGAGAAGAAGCUGCUUAAGAGCCAGAGCCGCCACCUGCACUCGCCCGGCGGCCUAUCCCUGCACAGCGCGCCCAGCUCCGACAGCGACAGCGGCGGCGGCGGCCUGUCCCCGGAGCCUCCCGAG